AUGUCGCGCAGCAACGCAGCGGCAUCCUCUUCAAGGAGACAGACGAACGGCACGCAGCAGCAUUCUGACGACGAAGCGGAGCGCCAGGUCAAACCCACUUUGGACGAUGAGGACGACGACGAGGAUGACGACCCUCGUUCGCACUGGUCCCGCGCGACAUUCGAAGACGUGCCAAUGAGCAAGGCCGCGUCUAUCAAGGUGCUGCGUGAGAUUCAGGACAAGUUUAACCAAGUGGCCGACAACCUCAGCAAAGGUGUCGACUUGGCCCUGGAGACGGGCAAGGCGCUGGAGGAAGCGAGCCCCGAUGACGAGUUGAUAGAGGAAGUCGAGAAGAACCUGUGGACCAUUCUGGAGCAGAAGGAGGUACUCGAAAUCCAGAAGGGCGUGAUCGACGAGGUUAUCAACGAGUUGACGAACCACGGCGAAAUGGUCGGCGUGGAAGCAUUGUACCACACGCGUGCUGAGAAGAAGGUCAAUGAGUACACGUCCAAGUCGUUGCGUGCAAAGUUCAAGGAUAACGAAGACUACCGCAACUUCCGCCAAGACAUCUGGGAAGUCAACCACGAUAACGAGGCGUGCCCUCCUCUGUCGCGCUGGCUCCCACGCGGCGACGACGACGAGGAAGGGUCCGACGACGAGAUCGAAAUGGGCCAGACGCUUGUCACCUUCCGUUGUCCCAUCACGCUGCACUACUUCGAGGACGCGUGCGUCAGCACCCUGUGCAACCACCACUACUCGUACGCGGCCAUUAUCAUGCACAUUGAGCAGGCCUCGCGUUCUCGCAACGUCGGUGCCAAAUGCCCCGUGGCUGGCUGCAACAAGGUUCUCACCAAGGCGGACAUCAAGCGUGACCCCGACAUGCAGCGUCGUACCGACGCGCGCCAGAAGAAGACGCAGCAGAGGGAAGAGGACAGCAUCGCCAAUGAGUCGUACAUCGACAUUGAAUGA